GUGCUAGUCACAAUCUAUGUCUGUUUACACAUUAUAUAUAUUACCUCCAUCCUACCUGUUUAUUUACGCGAAUAAAAGAUCUUAGGAAGUCGAGAAGCUUUGGAUUUGCUGUGGUAAACGUGAUGUGAGUCGCAUGCAUCUACCAACGAAGUUACAAAAUCAAUGCCAAAGACUUGUAGGAUUAUUAGCAAGUAGUCCGGCAACAAGUGAGAAUCAUGACUCAAAACAAGGGUUUCUCUUGCAACAACGUGAAGAUAGAACAUAUCAAAUAUGGAAAGAGUUUACAGAAGUGCUCCGAAUCUUAUCAUUGAAUGUUACAGAAGAUGAAGAAGAUGAAAGCAAAAGCCCGUUUUUCGAUGCUUUUGAAAGUUUGACUACUUUACCAUUACUUCAGGAGUUUUCAUCUUCAGUUCCUUCAAACCAUUCAAAGGCUUAUGUGGAGUCGUUACUCCAAGAGCAAAACCAUCUUUCUGAUCAGAACUUACAAGUAGAAGAAGAGAUAAUAGAGCUCAACCGAAAAAUCCAGGAGGAGCGUAUUUUGUUGCAGUCAAUUGAACCGGCCUCCCAAAAAGUUGCCGGAAGUCUUUUGCAACAUUCUUCUAAAAGUGAGGUCUAUCGUGAUUCUAUGGAGAGUAUCCAACACGAAUUGAGGACAGAAAGAUGUCGAUGGGAAAUUUUACGCAAUGUUGUUCAAGUUAUUAUUUUGGAAUCCGGUUCAUCGUUCGCUGACGAUGAGCAGCUACUUCAGAUCAUGGAAGAAUGUGGAGAACGAAGUCAUGAUUACUCAGUUUAAAAAGGGUUUUAUUUUUAAAGGUAUGUUCACCACUCUGUAAUUUACCCAAUGAUGGUUUUUUUGAAUUUCUUCAACGGAGCCCUUCAACUAAAAUGUUGGUUGGGUGCGGGACGAAACUUGACAUACUGAGGGUAGCUUAUUUUCUCUAUUUUUCUCUGAUGAAUCAUUUACUAACUUUACAUAGUUGCUAGUCUUAUAGUUCAGAUCCUUUUUCUUGCUAACAAUAAACUUUUUCAUUUACAUACGAGUCUAUAACAAGGGUA